AUGGUAUUCCGCUACAAGUGCUGCUCCUCUUGCGCCCCUACCGUCCGCCACUACCUGCGACAGGCAUGGGGAAGCUCAGUGUACGAGGACAGCUACGGCUCCAGCAGCGUCUUCGAGAUCAACAUGCCCGACCCGGGAACGGCUGAUCAGAACUCCCUUAUCCGCAUGUGUUUCAGGGCGGCGAGGAAUAACGUCGCGCCGCACAGAAUCCUCCGCCUGAGCAGCUCCUCGUCCCGUGGCAACUACAGGUGCAAGUACGCUUAG